CUGGCUUGCUGCAGUCUCUCGGAAGGCGAUGGAGCGGUCUGAGCCGUUGGCUGUGCUUUCCUGCGAAGAGGCGUCCUGCUCCUCCUGGGGAGCCUGCGGUACAAGUAAAAAUUUACCAACCAUGACAACAGAAUCUUUGGAGAUCGAUGAUGGAUUAUACAGCCGACAGAGAUAUGUUCUUGGUGACACGGCAAUGCAGAAGAUGGCCAAGUCCUGUGUCUUCUUAAGUGGUAUGGGUGGUCUUGGAGUAGAAAUUGCAAAGAAUCUUGUUCUUGCAGGGAUUAAGGCACUGACAAUUCAUGAUACAAAAAAAUGCCAAGCAUGGGAUCUAGGGACCAAUUUCUUCUUGUGUGAAGAUGAUGUUGUUAAUGAGAGAAACAGGGCUGAAGCUGUACUUCAUCGCAUUGCGGAACUAAAUCCAUAUGUUCAGGUUUCAUCAUCCUCUGACCCUUUUGAUGAAACCACAGACCUCUCCUUCUUAGAAAAAUACCAGUGUGUAGUAUUGACUGAAGUAAAACUGACAUUACAAAAGAAGAUCAACAACUUUUGCCAUUCUCAUUGCCCUCCAAUUAAGUUUAUUAGUACAGAUGUAUAUGGAAUUUGGUCCAGAUUGUUUUGUGAUUUUGGUGAUGAAUUUGAAGUUUCAGAUACAACAGGAGAAGAACCAAAAGAAAUUUUCAUUUCAAACAUAACGCAAGCUAAUCCAGGUAUUGUCACUUGCCUUGAAAAUCAUCCUCACAAGCUUGAGACAGGACAGUUCCUAACAUUUCGAGAAAUUAAUGGAAUGACAGGCUUAAAUGGAUCUGUACAACAGAUAACUGUGAUAUCACCAUUUUCCUUCAGCAUUGGUGAUACGACACAGCUGGACCCAUAUUUACAUGGAGGCAUAGCUGUGCAGGUUAAGACUCCUAAAACAUUCUGCUUUGAACCCCUGGAGAACCAGAUAAAACAUCCACGGUGCCUUAUUGCAGAUUUUAGCAAACCUGAGGCACCUUUACAGAUUCAUGUAGCUCUGCUUGCCUUGGACCAGUUUCAGGAAAACUACAAUCGUAAGCCAAAUAUCAGGUGUCAGCAAGAUUCAGAUGAACUAUUGAAGCUAACAGUGUCUAUAAGUGAAACCUUGGAAGAGAAGCCUGAAGUGAACGCUGACAUUGUGCACUGGCUUUCAUGGACCGCUCAGGGCUUUUUACCCCCUCUUGCUGCUGCAGUCGGAGGUGUUGCUAGCCAAGAAGUAUUAAAAGCUGUGACUGGGAAGUUUUCUCCUUUAUGUCAAUGGUUGUAUCUUGAAGCAGCAGAUACUGUGGAAUCCCUAGGCAAUUCUCGGCGUGAAGAAUUUCUCCCACGAGGUGAUAGGUAUGAUGCCUUACGAACCUGCAUUGGAGAUACAUUGUGUCAGAAGCUACAAAAUUUGAACAUCUUCUUAGUAGGAUGUGGCGCCAUAGGCUGUGAAAUGUUAAAAAACUUUGCAUUACUGGGUGUUGCUACAGGCAGAGAGAAAGGAAUGGUAACAGUUACAGAUCCUGACUUGAUAGAGAAAUCCAACUUAAACAGACAGUUCCUGUUUCGUCCUCAUCACAUACAGAAACCCAAAAGCUAUACUGCUGCUGAAGCAACUCUGAAAAUAAAUCCUCAAUUAAAAAUAGAUGCACACCUCAACAAAGUUUGUCCAGCCACUGAGAGCAUAUACAGUGAUGAAUUUUACUCUAAGCAAGAUAUCAUUAUUACAGCACUAGAUAAUGUGGAAGCCAGGAGAUAUGUAGACAGUCGCUGUUUAUCAAAUCUACGGCCUCUCUUAGAUUCUGGAACAAUGGGCACCAAGGGACAUACUGAAAUUAUUGUACCUCAACUGACUGAAUCUUAUAAUAGUCACCGAGACCCCCCAGAAGAGGAAAUACCGUUUUGCACUCUCAAGUCUUUCCCAGCAGCUGUCGAACAUACUAUCCAGUGGGCAAGAGACAAGUUUGAAAGUUCCUUCUCCCACAAGCCUUCAUUGUUUAACAAAUUUUGGCAAGCCUAUCCUUCUGCAGAAGAUGUCUUACAGAAAAUACAAAAUGGACAGAGUUUAGAAGGCUGUUUUCAAGUUAUUAAGCUACUUAGCAGAAGACCUAGAAUCUGGUCCCAGUGUGUAGAAUUAGCAAGACUAAAGUUUGAAAAGUACUUUAACCAUAAGGCUUUGCAGCUUCUUCAUUGUUUUCCUCUUGACACACGAUUAAAAGAUGGCAGUUUAUUUUGGCAAUCACCAAAAAGGCCGCCUUCGCCAAUAAAAUUUGAUUUAAAUGAACCUUUGCACCUCAGUUUUCUUCAGAGUGCUGCAAAACUAUAUGCUACAGUAUAUUGCAUUCCUUUUUCAGAAAAGGACUUAUCAGUGGAUAGCCUCAUGGACAUUCUUUCAGAAGUUAAAGUUCAGGAAUUCAAGCCUUCCAACAAGGUUGUUCAAACAGAUGAAACUGCAAGGAAACCAGACCACGUUCCUGUUUCCAGUGAGGAUGAGAGGAAUGCUGUUUUCCAACUAGAAAAGGCUCUUUCCUCUAACAAAGCUACCAAAAGUGACCUUCAGAUGGCAGUGCUUUCGUUUGAAAAAGAUGAUGACAGUAAUGGACACAUAGAUUUCAUCACAGCUGCUUCCAACCUUCGAGCCAAAAUGUAUAGCAUUGAACCAGCUGACCGUUUUAAAACUAAACGUAUAGCUGGUAAAAUCAUACCUGCCAUAGCCACGUCUACUGCUGCAGUUUCUGGCUUGGUUGCUUUGGAGAUGAUCAAGGUAGCUGGAGGCUAUCCCUUUGACGCCUACAAAAACUGUUUCCUUAAUUUAGCCAUUCCAAUAAUAGUGUUUACAGAGACAUCUGAAGUAAGAAGGACUGAAAUCAGAAAUGGAAUAUCAUUUACAAUUUGGGACAGAUGGACUGUACACGGAAAAGAAGAUUUCACCCUCUCAGAUUUCAUAAAUGCUGUCAAAGAGAAGUAUGGAAUUGAGCCGACAAUGGUGGUGCAGGGAGUCAAAAUGCUUUAUGUCCCUGUAAUGCCAGGUCAUGCCAAAAGACUAAAGUUAACAAUGCACAAACUUGUGAAGCCUUCCACUGAGAAGAAAUAUGUGGAUCUUACUGUGUCAUUUGCCCCAGAUGCUGAUGGAGAUGAAGAUUUGCCAGGACCUCCAGUUAGAUACUACUUCAGUCAUGACACUGAUGAAUAGACAUUGUUAUGGAGAUACUCCAGCACUACUUUAUUUUGGAAAGUGUACUUAAUUCAGAAGCUCAGCUCAUAAUACUGUGGAUUUCUUUUUGCCUUAAUUUAAGGGAAACAUCAGAAGGAAACUUUACAGAGAAGAAUUACAAAACAUUUUGAAGCAUAGUACACAUUUGUCUGUGUCUUCCUACAGUUAUGAUCACAGCAGCUUUGAACUGGAAUACCAUUUUCUAAUGCUUACAAGAUUGCUUAUUAAACCCUGUGGAUGAAAGGAGGAACAAGAAAUCAUUUAUCUAUGACCAGAAGAAAUAAAGAUGAAGAAAUUGAAAACAGUGAAUUCAUGCUAUUCAGAAAGCUAAAUCCUAUUUCAAGGUUUUCUUUUUUAUUUGGUAUUUGAAACCCAUUAUUUCAAUAUAAAUAGUGUGGCACUGUACUGCUUACAUGACUAGGCUUUGAAAAUUUCAUAGCUGAGAGGAGGAGGGAUGGCAGCUAUAAAUGAAGAAUAGAGAUUUAAAACUGUAGUUACAGUUAGUGUCCUGUUACCUCUGCUAACAGAGUGUCCUGUUCCUCCUCCCCUAAGUCAGGAUUGUCCCUGAUCUGAUCAGUGUUGUAAACAAUGAGGUAAGAUGGCAUGUUAACUUGGACUAAAUGUUAACAGUAUUACUUGCACUCUGAAACUCUCAUAGAAAAUCCAUGAAUGUGAGCAGAUAAAUAUGGCUAAUCAUUUGAUUGUUAAUAUACCUUUAUUUUAUUUAUCUGGAAGUCUAAACUAGUCAUAGCAUAUAAAACCAAAAUGUUUUAUAAAGGGAAUAUUCUUAGAAAUAGCUGAAAAUUAGAAAUUUAAUACUAAUACAGUUGUCUUUUUUUUUUCUCUUUCCAGCAAUGUAAUGGAGAAAAUAUAUAUAUAUAGUAUUUUUUUUAAAGGAAGCAUGUCAUUUUACUCUUCAUUCCCAAAUUGGGAAUUGAACGAAAUAGAAAAAAUUAUAUUUUUUUAGGUUUUUCCUUAUUGAGAGAAAUACUCCGUUUCCUGAUAUGAACAGUUGCUACUAAUGAUAUAAUUGGGUCCAUUAAAGUAUAUAAAUAGUACUUGACUGUAAAAUCAGUGAAAACAGCAAGUGAGUCUUUUUUACAAGGGUUAUCAUGCAUUCUAAACAAGUGCUUACAGCGAAGUUACUUGCCUGGAGCUCCUAUUCUUGUUAAGAUCAUUACUAAAUACUUUGAAUUAAAAUUACAUCAGUAUUAACUCCAAGGGUAUCUCUUUACACUCUGUACUUACUUUACAUUUACAAACAAUUUAAAAUCUCUAUGGUAACCAACUUUUUGUUUUCUCCUUUUAUGAAGUAUCCGGUUAGGAAAUGGGGUGAGUUACUUGUGUAAGAAAAUGUUCUGUUCAUUGAGAGAUGGAGAAAAGUGGACAGGAUCUGUUUUAAAGAACUGGCUACCUUUAAAAUAAACUAUAGUUUUUUAUCAUAUUCUACCCUUCCCAUUGUUCAUAAAUUGAAUCAAUGAGCAUCAUAGGCUCUGUGGCUUUGAACUUAAUGAGAAAAAGAAGUCCUUUUUUGCAAUUUUUACUGUGUUUUCUCUUCUUUGGUAGUAGCGUAUUUUCUAAGUGAUCAUUCAGGAAUCCUCAAACAUGAGUCACUAGCUUGACUCUGUUUGCUUAAGUCUUCACAUGUAUUUGGAAGUAAAUGAGAACCAUGCUUUAUAGAGUGCGUUAGUAAAGAAAAUCAACCAGGUUUGCUUUGUUUGUAAUUAAACCCACAGCCAUUUUGCCAUUAGGUUUUUCUGUAGGUAAUGAUUAUUACUGUCCUACUAAAUUUUACUGAACUGGAAAGCCAUAAUAAAGUUAAUGUGAAAUUUUUUUCUUUAUUUUGUACCUUAAGAUUCUUGGUACUGAAAUACAGCUAUUGAAUACUGGGUUUAAAAAAAAAAGGAAAGAAAGAAGAAAAGUAGUGUUACUCCAUUCAUUUUUUUUUUUUAAUACUAAAAGUAAGUCAGAAAUUUUAGGUGUCAUUCUAAACUGUGCUCUGUGGUUCGUUGCAGAGAAUUUAAUUACACCUCUUUUUCUGUGGAUAAUGCUGCUACUGUUUCCUCUUAUGCUUUGCAAACAGAUGAGUGUGGAGCAUAUAAGCCAAGGAGGAAGUGUUUGUUUAGCAAGCUCAAAGCCCUAACUUUCAUAUACAGGUGCAAAAAUAAAUGAGAAAAAAGGGGCAGAAAUAUUCACUCCAGAAGAAACUAAGUUUGAGGUUUCUAAAGUCAAUUCUUUAUAGAACUUGAAACAGUUGUGUUACAUGUCUUAUUCCUUAUAUAUUGUUCCAGAAGUAGAACUUGGAAUCACUUUUUAUUACUUUGAUAGUUUGUCUUUCAUGGCACAUUGUUGGGACAGCAUCAAAGUACAAAAACAUAACCAUACCUGGGGUUGUAACUACAGUAGACAAGGUCACAAGAUUCACUACACAAGGCUCUGGGUUUGAGUCCCAACUCAAGAGUUUAGAUCUUAGAAGUCAGUUGAAGUAUCAACAGGCAAUUUGUGUUUGCUUUUCUCUUGCUGUAUCUUGAAGUGUGCGUGUGUGUGCGUGUGUGUGUGUGUGUGUGUGUGUGUGUGUGUGUGUAUGAUUUGCCUGCAUGUACAUGCACCACAUGUAUGCAGUGCUCAUGAAGCCAGAAGAGAGUGUUGGAUCCCUUGAGACUUGGGAACAAGCACAGGUUCUCUGGAAGGGCAGCCAGUUAGUUAUCUUAACCACUGAGCCAUCUCUCCAGCCCCCAAAGCGUCCUUGUUGUAGUUGAGAAAUGCAUGUUGAAAGUAUAUAAAAUGUGAAUAUACACUUUAAGGAAUAAUUUUAAGGUAUUUUCGUAUCUAACCAAUAUUGAAAUCAAUAGAACAUUGGUGUCAGAAACCUUCCUAAUCCUUCUCCAGUCUCAAGCAUUUUAAGUACCCUUGAUAAUUACUGUCUUCUUUUUGUAUUUACAGUUGCAGUUGCCUCGUUUGUUUUUUGUUUUUUUUUUUUCCUGGAGUUACCCCCACUAUGUAUGCAAAUCUAAACAGAACACUUUAGUUCUGCCUGCUUCUGAACUGUAUGUAAAGAAUUGUUCUGCAUUGUCUGGUGUCUGUCAUUCAUCAUAAUUCAUCCAUGUUUGUUGUAGCCAUACUUUAUUUACCAUUGCUAUAAUAGUUUACUGUUGUAUUAGUGUACCAGUUUAUUGACUGUGAAUAAUGAAGAUGUAUUUAGUUCUGGAUAAUUACAGUUCUAUAAUAAAUGUUUUAUUCACACA